CCUCUCUUUCUAAUACAAUUCGCAAGGUCUACAAUUUAAUUACUCCGGCUUUAUACAAAACCAUGGCGCCGCCAAAGAAAUGGAGCGGGGAGGAAGAAUCUAGCUCGGGGGAAGAGGGGGUAGGCCCUAUUGCCCCUCGAGUAGCCAUAAAGAAGAAGUGGGAUGACGAAGAUAGUGAAGAGAAGGUCCUGGAUUCCUGGGAUGCUGAAGACUCAGAAGAGGAGCGCAAAAAGGCCAGAGCCAAACAGGCCGCAGCCGAAAAUGCCGCAGCCGAGGCUGCUGCGAACAAGAAGUCGAAAGCCCAACGCAUCGCCGAAAGACAAGCCCAGAACGCCGCACAGCGGGAAGCCACCGCCGCUGCGCGCGAAUCCAGCAACAUGGAGGACGAGACACCGGCAGAGCGCCGGGUUCGCGAGGAGCAAAUGCGUAUUGAAGGGGACCUAGCGCACGCAACGGACCUGUUCGGUACAGUGGGCGUCGGGGCCGGCAGCGGCGGGACUAAGGGGAAACCGAUCACCACCGGGGACCCGGAGGAUCCCACGAAGAGUAUUGAUUUGUCAUCGUUGCCGCUGUUCGCACCAAAGGGAAAGGAUGAGUUCACGCGGCUUAGGGAGGUGCUUGUCCCGUUGCUUGUUGCGAAUAGCAAGAAGGCGCAUUACUCGCUUUUCUUGCAGGAGUUUGUGAGGCAGUUGGGGAAGGACAUGUCAUCUGAGCAGGUGCGCAAGGUUGCCAGUGGGUUGACCACUCUCGCGAAUGAAAGACAGAGGGAGGAGAAAGCGGCAGAAAAGGGCGGGAAGAAAACUAAGGCGGCGAAGGGGAAGACGACUCUUGCGACCGGCAAGGAGGCGGAUAAGUUUGAUACGACAGAUUACCUAGAGCCGGCGGGUUAUGAUGGCUUCGAUGACUUUAUGUAAUGCACCUCCACUGUUGGAACGAGGUGUGCGUGGGCCGGGAUACAUAGAUAAGGUAUUUCCUUAGGCAGAUUUCAUGAGGAUGCCGGUCCAGGUCGUUAUGUUUUCCAUUAUAAAAGGUUCACCCACUCGCUUACUUUAAUCCACCGCCCAUCUAUCCCGCUUGGAUCUAGCACCCCCUGUUAGAGUUAUAAAUGCUUGCUCCUCCUACAUAUAUUUCUCCUAUUAUCUUCACAGUCUGGAAUAGCGACUUACUUUCCACCUUGCCUAAAUAACUAUCGGUACCGUACAUUGUUCACCCUAACGAUAUUCGUAGAGCGAGAGAGGGACCUUUCGGGAAGGAACCUCACCACUAUACCUAUGGAAUAUGUCUUGUGGCAAAAUGACGCACUGUACCUGGCUGGCACCUGGUGAAGUACAGGUACUAUCAAUUCAGCCCCCAAUAGCACCAUCAUGCCGGGAGAAACAUUCCAACACGACACCACGUAGCUUAUGCAUUAACUUCAGAAGGGGGAGGCCCUAUCCCAACUGCGCAGGUGGUUAGCAUCGGGAUCACCAGUGAUCACCCGGCAGUGAUUCUCUUCUUAACAGCGCUCACCA